AUGAAUUAUGAACACGAUCCACCAACGUGGCUGCCAAGUAUAAAAAGAGAAAAUCGAAUGUCACACGACCGACAGUUUCGAACGAUCGAACGUUCAAGAAUGGCGAAGCUCGCGACGAUCACGAUCGUUCUUGCAACCUGCAGCGUGCCGCGAUCCAGCGGGAUUGAUCCACGCGGAUCGAUCGAGGACGAGCUAGCGGCACCAGGUAUAAGAGACGAGGCCAUCAGAGAGAUUUUCCAUGUUAUCUCGACGGAGACGUCGAGCGAGAAGGACGACGAGCAGUUGGUGAAGCUGAUCAAAGAAGAAAUCGUAAGAACGGCGCAUAGUGUCAAAACGCCAUCAGGUUCGAUCGAAGCUGCUGCCAGAAGAGCGCAAAGAUUGGUCACAGAAUUGACAGCCGCCUACACCACCGCCAUUUACAAAUCGAAAUCCUCCGAGGAGGCGAAAGUGAACUUUGCUAGGUUUCGAAACACCGUGCAGAAAAUCGUCGACUUUAUAAAAAAGGGUCAAUUUGUCAUAGAAACUUUCGAAGAAUCGUGCAAAACAUGGAUCUCAUUUCUUAAUUUAUAUCACUUAGAAGAUUUAAAAAUUUGCGAAGAAAAUCUCAGAAGAAUGGGGAACAGUUUCAACCAUUUUCCGAUACCAAGGUUCUACAUAUACCAAAACAGUUUAAAAAAUUCUAGACAAACCAAUUAAACAGAAGAUAAAAUUGUCAGUUUUCAGUCACACAAAAACUCCUUUACACCAUCCAACGGACAAAUAUAUUACAGAAAUCAAAUUUCCAACAAUCGAAUCGGAUCGCAAAAAUCCUGGAUAAUUCUUUCCUUCUAGAUAGACGCGAAACUUUCAGAAAUCUUCAAAACAAGGACCAUGUUGCUUAGUUGUUAAUCAAAAAACUUUAACCUAAACCUGAAACAAUAAUUAGAAGAGAAUAAUCUUCAAUCCUCGAUUCGCUCAAAGACGUUCAACAUCCAACAAUCCGUCACGCCACGAGGCCAUCUUGAGAUUCCAGCAAUCCGUACUACGAUCACGAAGCCAUAAAAAAAUCUCUCGCACGUAUCAAUCAUAGAAGACGUUCCUCCGAAUCUAUCGAGAGCAUCGAACACGUGCCACGAGUACUUCUACUUCGUACGCAGUAGAUCGUACGAGAUACGCACGUCUUCUAUCUUUUUCUUUUUUCUUUUUUUUUUUUUUUUGUUUUUUUCAUUUCAGUCCGGUCGACGACGACGACGUUGCCUGGAUUUACACGCGCGUAUGUACACGCGCGUAUGGCAACGAAAAUUAUUCCGGCUGACGUAUGAGUCAGGGCAGACGAUCCAUUGUAAAAGCGGCAUGGGCUCAUAAUCUGGCGAGGUAGGAUCUCCAGGCCGAGCUGACCGGAACUGCGCCUAUGCUCUCUCGCCGGAAGUGCCGCUGCCACAUGUAGUAAUAUAAAUUAUAAUGCCCUUACGGUUUUUCCUUUCGCGGAUUUGCAUUUAAAACACCGGAAUGGCAUUGUGUCGUCGGGAUCGGCGCGAGCGAUUUUCAUGGAAAUAAGAAAACCGUCGGGGGCCAAACCUCGUUUCUACCACUCUUUUUCACUCUUCUCGUGUACCACCGACACGCUGGUAUUCUUUUUUUUUUUUUUUUCUUUUGGUCCUCUGCGUGAAGAGAUAAAAUGAUAGUUCAUUUAUAUCUUUUGCUCUAUUCCAGUCUCUACACUACUUUAUACUUUAGUUUUUACAGUUUUCUUUUUAAUUUUUAUUGAUUCUUUUAUUAAUUCUUUUUCUUUUUUCUUGUCCAGUGUCGCAUAUAUUAA